AUGACACAAGGCGAGAAAUGGAUGAAACACACUGCUAGUCAAUGUAUGGUUGUUGCGGCUCUUAUUGCAACCAUAGUAUUUGCUGCAGCUUUUACGGUUCCGGGUGGAUACGACCAAGACAAUGGUAUACCUAUCUUCCAUUCAAAAGCAACCUUUAUGGUUUUCGUUGUGGCGGAUGCCAUUUCCCUAUUUGCGUCUUCUGCUUCAAUUCUCAUGUUCCUAUCUAUUCUCACAUCUCGGUAUGCUGAACGUGAUUUCUUGGAAUCAUUACCCAAAAAACUGAUGUUCGGUCUAGCAACUCUUUUCCUCUCUAUUGUAACCAUGACAGCCGCUUUUAGUGUUAGCUUUUUUCGUACUUUACCAUAA